AACAUAUUAUUAAUAAUCAUUCAUUGAAACAACUCUCUUGCAAGAUACCUAUCGAUUUUUUGACCACUUGAUUCAGUAUGGUGAAAUUUGUAUGCAUCAGUUUGAAUUUGAUUGUUCUCUUUGCUAGUGUCCUUUGUGCUAAUAUCAAAAGAGCUGCUGUAAAUUCCGAAAGGGAAGGAAGACAUCUUUUGAUCAGGAGAGUGCCUGCAGUUGAAGAAUUUCAAAGUGAUAUUUAUGAAGUUUAUGCUAAGCCCUAUAACUAUGAUUUGCAUAAAAUAAUAGCGGUAUCGGUUUUGAAGAGUGAGGAAAUAUCUGGAGAAAUCACCUUUACCCAGCUACCUGCAGGACCUGUGCAUAUUGUAGGGAAUAUAACAGGAUUGCCUCCCGGUAAACAUGGAUUCCAUAUUCACCACUCAGGAGAUCUCAGAAAUGGUUGCGAGAAAUUAGGACCCCAUUUCAACCCAUAUUUUUUACAGCAUGGAGGUCCCCUCGACCCAUUAAGGCAUGUUGGUGACAUUGGAAAUAUAGAAGCUGAUGACGAUGGAACAGUAAAAAUUAAUAGGAUCGAUAAUUUCGUACAACUGACUGGUUAUCCUAGAGGAGUCGUAGGCAGAGCUGUUGUGAUAACUUCGAAUCAAGAUGACUACGGCAGAGGUGGAGAUGCUAACAGUCUAGUCGAUGGAAAUUCCGGAAAACCACUAGUAUGCGGUGUGAUAGCGUACACAAAAUAAUGAUUGUAGUUGUUCUUGUUUUUUUGUGAAAUAUAAA